UUUUCUGAGUCUGACAAACCGAUCUGUGCAGGAAGUGUAGCUUCGCUCUAACAGGAAACUGAUCUUAACAGUCAACAGUCCAAACACCCAGGUAGCUGAUAACAAAUGGAUAAUGCGUCCCAUGUAAUCAAUACCUAUGAACCAAUAAUUUUCAUUAAUAGAAGCAGAUGGAGGGGUGAAGAAGGGUUAUAAAUGAAGCUGCUGUCUCUCCUUAAUAUCAUCCAUAAAUAAACUCAGGUUGUGCAAACACCUUCCUCACACUCAUAGUGGAACUGUGACUAAAAAACUGUCAGGUUUCAUAUGAGGCAGGGCUGAUGAAUAUCCAGAGAUGACUGUCCUGUAAUCAUAUUUGAAAGAAACCCAAUGCUUGCACAUUUCUUUGACUUUGGUUGCUGUGCAAUGAAAAACUAAACAACCCCUUUACAACAUCCAAGCUUCAUGAGGGACGGACAGUUUUGAAAAGAGGAAUAGAACAAGUCAUGAAAGAAGAUCAGAAAAACAAGACUUCUGUAAAUAGGCGAACUUCUCUUUAAUGAGGAAGAGAGCGGCACAUGAGAGAAGAUGAGCGCUGCAGCAAAGCAACCACAGUCAGAGUAGCUGGUGGCACGUUGUUGCCGGAUGACAUUUUGCAAGACAGGAAACAAGAGAAGCAGUGAGAGAGAACUCGAAAGACACAGACUACAACCAUCUCUAAGGUAGGAGUAAAUCUGGAGGGAGGCUGUAGAGGUGUCCUGUUUGGUUAUCUGAAUUUAGUUUGAGAGGAACACAGACCUCUAAGGCCGCAAAAACUAGGAGGGUGAAAAUGGGCACUGAGGAGAAAGACUUAGAGACUGCAGCUCAGCAGCCAAAAGAGCAGGCAUUACCAGAGAAGGAAAAGGAAUCUCCCAUGGAUCCUCCUGAAGGAGAAACAUCUGACUCCACAGACCCCCUCAACACAUACAAGUGGCACACGGGCUCCAAAGGAACGCUCAAUGAGGUGAGAGAAGAAGCUGAAGGAGCAUCAGCUUCUUCCACAUCCACCAUCGAUAGGAUUCAGAAGGCCUCCACCAACAAAUGGAACAAAGUGCAAAAUUGGCGCAAGGCUCUGAGCGAGGAUCCUGGAGACAGAAAUACAACCAGUGGGAAAGGUGGAGAGGCAGCCAAGACAGAGAAGGGCACGGGAACUAGAAAGAACCCGUUCAGGAGAGCUCUGUCUGAGCCUCCAGGGUCACUGUUUGCAGCCCUGUCCCCCUCCUCCAGCUCUGCCGCCUCAGCUCAUGCAGCUUCAUCUUCAGCUGCUGCAGAGGCCUCAGGGGUCUCCUCAUCAGACCCUACACAGAGGGGGGGUGGAGGGGCACUCUUAAAAAAGUACCUGAGGACGGUGUCCCAGAAGCUCAAAAGGCCCAGGCUGCAGAGUCGGCACAGCACAACUAACUUACUACCAGAUGCAGUUGAACCAGUACCAGGAAUACCCACCAGCUGUGCUCUCCCAAGGCUACAAUGGGCCCCUCCUCAAGAGGUCCCUUUGUGGGACAUCACCAGCUGUAUGCUGGAGGAUGGACAAAUUAUCAUUUCCCCAGAAGAAGAGCCAACAAUGUGGACACGCAACCGUGUAAGCAGCUGCCUGUCCAACCUCAGCAUGCAGAACCUUGUAGAUAUCGACGCAGAAUGUAGCCCUGACCAUGUGCCUGGUGGCCCUCGGCCAAAGAACCAGGACGGUGGCGUAAGGGCCCUGAUUAAGCGACGCCUUGAGAACAGGGCCAAGAGGAAUAACAACGCCCCACUGAACCAAAUGGGUCUUAACAAAGGAAGCAGGCACUAUGGUUCCCGGGAGUCAGUUUCAAUUCCAGUCAGUCCACUGGGAAGUUUGGAUCUGAGUUCUGACACCAGUACUGUCAUCAGACCGGUCCACAGCUCCAUCCUGGGGGAGAAGUACUGCUUUGAGGUGAUCAACUCUGAGAACACACACUGCUUUGGAUGCACCUCAGCUGCUGAGCGUGACCGCUGGAUUGAAGACUUGAGACGAGCUGCCCAGCCCAACAAGGAUAACAUUGAACGCACAGAGAACUCCCUCAGUCUGUGGGUAAAUGAAGCAAAGGAUUUGCCACCCAAGCGAAGUUAUUACUGCGAGGUACACUUGGAUGGGACCCUGUUUGCCCGAACCAGCAGUCGAGCAGUGGGCAAGCCGUCAAACCGCUCAAGCCUGGCAGGAGACAGCUCAACCAGCUCCUCGGGAGCCCUGGGAGGCAGUGGAGGUGUGGCUGGAGGGUGUCAGUUAUUCUGGGGUGAGUUCUUCGAGCUAGACAAUCUACCCUUUGUCUCACAAAUCACACUGCACCUCUUUCGCGUGGAAGACCCCAAGAAAAAGCGGCAUUCCCGAGAUGAGGCAAGCCUUCAUCCUCUGGGCAGCGUGGCCAUACCUUUAGCUGAGAUCCGAGGGAGGACCUACCAGGAGAAAUGGUAUCCCAUCACUCCCUACAAGGCUUCAGGCACAGCAGGAGGUAAAGAACUGUUGGGGCCACAGGCUUCACUCCGCAUCAAGGCCCGUUUCCAGAAUUUGCAAGUGCUGCCCAUGGAGAAGUAUAAAGAGUUUGCAGAGUAUGUGACGGUGGAUUAUGUGGAGAUGUGCAGAAGCCUGGAGCCGCUUCUUAGUGUGAAGGAGAAGGAAGAGCUGGCCGGAGCUCUGGUCCAUGUGCUGCAGAGUAUCGGCAAAGCAAAGGAGUUCCUCAUUGAUUUGGGCAGUGCAGAGGUGGAGCGUCUUGGAGAGAAGGAGGCACUGAUCUUCAGAGAGAACACCUUGGCUACUAAAGCCAUUGAUGAAUAUAUGAAGCUGGUUGGUCAGAAGUACCUCAUCGAUACACUAGGCGACUUCAUCAACCGCCUGUAUGCCUCUGGAGACAACUGUGAAGUUGACCCUCGUAAAUGCCCUGCUUCUGAACUUGCCAACAACCAGAAGCACUUGAUGGAUACCUGUGAGGAUGUGGUGCAAAAGAUUAUUGAGCUCCAUGGACCCUUUCCCGAAGAGUUAAACAAGAUCUUCUCCAGCUGGGUGGAGCUGUGUGAAGACCAGGGCAGGCCAGAGAUCGGUCAGCGCCUCAUCUCCGCCUCCCUCUUUCUUCGAUUCUUGUGCUCUGCUAUCCUCAGUCCGUCUCUUUUUGGGCUGAUACAGCCUUACCCAGAGCCGAACACCUUGCGUACCCUCACCUUAACUGCCAAAGUCAUCCAGAAUCUGGCCAACUUCACCCUGUUUGGAGAGAAGGAAGAAUACAUGCUCUUCAUGAAUGAAUUCCUGCAGCAGCAUUGGAAUGGAAUGAGAGGAUUUUUAGAAACAGUUUCCACCUCAGACACUGAAAUCACAAUGACCUCCUUUGAUGGUUAUGUGGAUUUGCCUCUGCGCUUGGCUGUGCUGCAUGGCCUGCUGGUGGAUAUCAUCCAUCAGAAGGACCAGGACACAAUUGACAAGCUGCACCCUCUACCUUCAAUUCUGAACCAGAUAUCAGAGUCGCUGGGUCCUGAAACACCUCGGAUUAUAGUUAGCAGCAAACCAGAAUACAUCCCUCCUAGAGACUUGGAGAAGUACAGCCCUCACAAAUCAUCAUUUCAGCAGCUUCCAGACUCCAAAAGCCAUGACAGGGAUGUUAGAUAUAAGAGCAGUUUAAGAGGGAGAAAGCCAGUGAAGAGAACUCAGAGCGCUCCACACAGACCUCCUGGUCACACAAAACGUGCCUUAAAGAGACAGACAAGUUCUGAAGAUCUGCCAACAUCUGACCAUGAACAAGAGAUGGAGACCAACCAGCCAAAUAUCUCAUCACCAAAUACAAAAGCCAGUAUCAAACGCCCACCUGCUCCAGUUCCCUGGAUCAAAGACAAUGGCAGGGAGUCAAGUGAGAUGAAGACAGAGAAUGAGCAUUUCAACCUGCUGGAUAGACAUGCUCAGGAGCUGUCAGAACUCCGUCUGGGCAUCGAGCAGGUCACAGAGCGAGAGCUGGACAUGGCAAAGCGCCUGGAGGACUUCAUAAUCCAAAGCCAGGACCAGAAUGCCAUGCUGCAGGCUGAGGUGAACGAGCUGCGUAAUCUGCUGGCUGUGCGAGAAGAGCAGCUCGCUAGUGCCACCUUCAGGCUGGGUGUGAUCGAGGAGGAGAGGGAAGAUGAUGAGAGGAAGCUGGGGGUCGCCAUUGCAGCUGCUGAGCGGAUGAAUGUCCUGGAGGAGCAGUUUGCAGGCCUGCUGAAAGACCUCCACCAGCUCACUGAGGCCUACAACAGCGGCCAAAACAACACACAGCAUCCUGAAAAACCACACAUCAACAGCAACUGAACCCAUUAAUAACUUUUAGAGCUGCAGUAUCACAACAGGGUGUAAAUACAUCGAGUAAAUCUGAAAACAACCACCUGGAGUCUCGAUUACAGCUGAUCAGAUGUAAAUAUGUUAGUGAACAUCAUCAGAAUGCAUGUAGGAGAUGAGAUCCUGACUAAAAGAACCCAAUGUGAAAAAUGUUUCAUUUAAACUUCUAUUAUAGCGGGCAUUUUUUUCUUUUAAACCUUUCUAAACCAUAAAUAAA